AUGGAGCUACAGCUGUCGGGGCCGGAGAGCUCCAAGGAGCAGAGAUUCAGAGACGAGGCCUGCGUCUUCCAUAGCUCUGUCCGCUUCACAUCUGGAGACCCCAGGGCUCCGAGCCCGACCCAGAUCCCCGCUCGCUCCGCGCUCCCGCCAGCCCCUUCCCCAGCCAGCAGUCUGCAGGCCCCGCUCCGGAGUAGGAAGACGGAGAAGGCCGUCACGCAGCUCAUGUUGCCGGGGGGCCUCGCCGUCUGGGCUCCAGCCCAUCCCGGGGCCGCGCUGACAGAUUGGGUCCCAGGUGCUGUUCCUGGGGCUGUUCCUGGAGGGGUCUACUAUCCAGGAGCUGGUGGUCUUGGAGGCCUUGGAGCUGGAGGCCUCGGACCUGGAGGCCUUGGAGCUGGGGGUCUAGGAGGAGCAGGGCUUGGGGCAGGAGGCAAACCACCCAAACCAGGUAUUGGCGGGCUUGCUGGACUCGGAGCAGGCGCUGGAGGACUUGGAGGACUUGGAGGAGGGCUGGGCGGCUACCCAGGGGGAGUCUACCCAGGAGGACUACUGACGGGCCCUGCAGCGGGAGCAGCAGCUUAUAAAGCUGCUGCCAAGGCUGGUCUUGGUGCUGGCGGUGUUGGCGGUGUUGGCGGUGUUGGUGGUGUUGGUGGUGUUGGUGGAGUUGGUGGAGUCGGUGGUGUUGGUGGUGGUGUGGGAACUGGUGUUGGAGGAGUUGGAGGUGUUGGUGGUGGAGUGUCCACAGGUGCUGUGGUGCCUCAGACUGGAGCAGGAGUCGGGGCUGGAGGAAAGCCAGGGAAAGUUCCAGGUGUGGGGCUUCCCGGAGUCUAUCCAGGUGGAGUUCUUCCAGGAACAGGAGCCCGAUUCCCCGGAGUAGGAGUCCUGCCAGGGGUGCCAACUGGAACUGGAGUCAAGUCCAAAACCCCAGGAGGAGGUGGAGCCUUUGCAGGAAUCCCAGGAGUUGGACCUUUUGGAGGCCAGCAGCCAGGAGUCCCUCUCGGCUAUCCUAUCAAAGCCCCCAAGCUCCCAGGUGGCUAUGGACUGCCCUACAGCACUGGAAAGCUGCCUUAUGGUUAUGGCCCAGGCGGGAUUGGCGGAGCUGGGGCAGGUGCGGGAAAAGCCGGCUACCCCACUGGAACAGGAGUUGGUUCUGCGGCCGCCGCAGCCGCUAAAGCCGCCAAAUACGGUGCUGGUGCAGGAGGACCUGGGGCACUUCCAGGCUUUGGAGUUGGAACUGGAGGACUUCCUGGCAUCGGAGGCAUUGCUGGAGCCGGGUCCCCCGCGGCAGCAGCAGCCGCUGCUAAAGCAGCCAAGUACGGAGCUGCUGGAGGCUUGGUGCCAGGUGUUGGAGGUAUCCCAGGUAUUGGAAGCGUUGCAGGUGUGCCAGGUGUUGGUGGUGUCCCAGGGGCUGGUGCCAUCCCAGGAGCAGCAAGCCCAGCUGCAGCGGCCAAAGCAGCAGCCAAGUAUGGGGCCAGGGCUGGCACUGGAGUAGGAGUUCCUGGUUUUGGUGCGGGUGCUGGAGGCAUUCCUGCUUUUGGCCUUGGCACUGGAGCUGUUCCUGGUGCGGGGGUCGGUCCUGGAGGUAUCCCUGGGACAGGUCUCUCUCCUGCUGCUGCUGCUGCCAAGUCUGCUGCCAAAGCAGCUAAGUAUGGUGCUGCUGGUGGUCUCGGAGGGAUAGUUCCUGGUGCUGGCAUCCCAGGCGUGGGAGUUAUUCCAGGUGUUGGAGGUGGUGCAGGAGGAGGUCCAGGAUCACUGGCUCAAUCAGCAGCUGCUGCUGCCAAAGCCGCCGCCAAAGCUGCCCAGUAUGGGUUACUCCCAGGAGGAGUCCCAGGUGGUCCUGGUGGUGGAGCUAUCCCAGGAGUAGGGACUCCUGCAGCCCAAGCUGCAGCCAAAGCAGCCGCUAAAGCCCAAUACAGAGCUGCCGCUGGGAUUGGAGGAGUUCCUGGCUACCCAGGUGGAGCUGGAGCUGGAGCUGGAGCUGUUCCUGGAGCUGUUCCUGGCUACCCUGCCGGUGCUGGAGCCAUCCCAGGCUAUGGGGCUGGUGUAGCUCCAGGAUCCCUCGCAGCAGCCAAAGCAGCCAAGUAUGCAGCGGCCGGAGGAGCCGGAGGCCUGGGAGGCCUGGGAGGCCUGGGAGGCCUGGGAGGAGCCGGACCUGGCUUGGUGCCCGGUGUGGCCGGGGUCCCAGGAGCUGGGGCUGCAGGGCUAGGAGGUGUUCCAGGUGCAGGGAGCCCAGCGGCAGCUGCAGCAGCCAAGGCCGCCGCCAAGGCUGCCCAGUAUGGCCUUGGGGGAGCUGGAGGGCUGGGAGGCAGAGGCAUCCCAGGCAUUGGAGGAGUCCCCGGUGUCGGAGGAGUCCCUGGUGUUGGAGGAGUCCCCGGUGUUGGAGGUAUCCCUGGCGGAGUGACAGGAGCAGGAACUCCAGCUGCAGCAGCUAAAGCCGCAGCCAAAGCAGCCAAGUAUGGUGCUGCUGGAGGGGCUGGCCUUGUGCCAGGCGCCGGAGGCUUGCCAGGAUCUAGAGUGAUUCCAGGGGCAGACAAGUGCCUGGUCAUUGCCCUGCGGCCAUCCCAGAGUGGGGAGGUGGGGAGGAACAGAGCCACCCUUGGGGCCCCACCCCACAGCUCCACCAGUAAGGAUGAUGGGAGGCAGCUGUCUGGGAAGUCCCUUGGCCCCGAGACAAUCACUGCCCGGAAGGCUGGGUGCGCCUCCCUGGAUCUGGGAGCGCAGUGGGAGGGCCCCAGCCUGGGGGCGGUGGCCAAGGCCGUGUCAGGACCCGCCUUCGGACCCGCCCCCGACCCGCCUCGCCAGCACUGCCUGCGUCCCAGACUCCGCCCCCUAUGA